ACACAAACAAAACAAAAACAAAACCCGAACAAAACUAAAAAAAAACCUCUUAUGACUUUCUGAUUCAAUCCUUUCAGAGAGAUUUUAAUUUUCCGGAACGUUUCUGAGAGAAAAUCUUUAAAAACAAGAAAAAAUCUCACCAAACCAUGAGUUUUUCUGUCGCUUACUCAUCCUGCGAAUGAUGAGGAUCUGACACAAACACACCCCACACCCUCUUUAUAUCGUAGACACACACACACACACACACACAUUCCUACCAGGGGUCACAUGACUUCUCAGAAACAGACCAGUUUACUUUACGUGUGUGUGUGUGUGUCUACGAUAUAAAGAGGGUGUGGGGUGUGUUUGUAUCAGUCUACCAGCUGUGUGUUUAUCGGGAGGAUGGAGGAGCAGCAGGAUCGUUCAGGUGAGUCAAAUCAUUCAGUUUACAUGUGGAGGUGUGUUAGCAUGUUAGCAUCAUGCUAACAGUAUCUCAGGGACCUCACCUGUCUCACCUGUCUCACCCGUCUCACCCGUCUCAUUGUGCUGUUAGUGUCCAAACUUGAACAGGAGCUCUGGGCCUCAGUUCAUGGACUUCUACCUGCAGGGGCGUGUCCAGAGGACAGCCAGGGUGAAAGUGCUAACUCUAAAUCUGAUUGGCCAGCUGGUUGGCUGUUUGCCUUGUUAGAGGCGGGGCAUGGGGGGCGUCAGUGAGGUUGUUUCUCUGUGUCUGCCCUGGUACCAGGAUCUGAGACCUGGUCCAUGUUCUGUGUUCUGGGUCCUGAAGAUCUGUUCUAUAACGUCACUCAUGUUUCUCAUUGUCCAGUUUUGACCCUUUGAGUCACACCUGUCUCCACAGGUGAGGGCAGCUCUGUUGAUGACCCCGUCAGAGUUAACCUGAAGAGGUCAGGAUCACAGGUGAGCUCACAGGCUUCAACCAGGUAACAGAGACUUUCUCAGCCAAUCAAAUCACAGCUGAUCCACUCAGUCAGGUAGGAGGGUUCAGGUGUGUGAGUUUACCUGUUAACCUCAGCUGUUCUCAUGAUCAAAGUCCGCCUCCAAAGAUAAAUGUGACGAGUCUUUAUGAAGCAUUUAUAAAAUCAGAUGGAUAUAAUAUCAUCGCCUACAUCCAUCUGUCAGAAUAUAUAUAUAAUAUAUAUAUAUACAAUAUAUAUAAUCAGACUGAUGAUAAAGGAGCCAAACCACUGAUACUAAUGAUGGUUCUGAUAAUGAGAAUAACUCAGAAUAAUGAGAAUAACUCAGAAUGAUGAGAAUAACUCAGAAUAAUGAGAAUAACUCAGAAUGAUGAGAUUAACUCACCUGUCCUCUCUUUAGAUGGACGUGUCAGAUGGACGUCUUCAGAGCCCUAAAUGUGGGACCAGCCUGCCUGUGGAGGCUGGAGAGGAAGUUGACCCUGAGAACCCAGGUCAAGACCUGGACCAGCAGCAGGACAAAGUAAGUGUGUGUGUGUGUGUGUGUGUGUGUGUGUGUGUGUGUGUGUGUUGCUGAAACACCACAUCAUACAGUGAGUCAAAUAGGAUUGAACAUGUCACCAUUUUUCUCAGUGGACAUAUUUCUAAAAGUGCUGCUGACAUGAGAUUUUCACCAAAUGUGGGAAAGGCCCCCUAAACCCACAGGUGCAUGUAUAUUUAUAUAUAUAUGUAUAUAUAUAUAUAUAUAUAUAUAUAUAUAUAAAUAUACAUGCACCUGUGUGUUUGAUAAGGUUAGGUUUGGUUGUCCUCCUCUGACCUUCAGGUCUUUCCAGAGACAUUUAUUGGAUUCAUGUUGGGUGGUUGGUUGGAGCAGCUUUAUCUAAAUGGUCCGGUUUGUACCUGAGUUAGAGCAGACACUCUUUGUACUGCUGAUGAGAGAGAAGAUAAGAUAUAGCUUUAUUAUAAUAUAUACUAUUAUUAUAACAUAGAUACAGAUACAAAAGAGAAAUGACAGGAUAAAGAAACAUACAUGUGUACAGCAUAAAGGUAUAAAUAUGGAUAAAUACAAAGUAAAGGGUUAACAUGCUAAUGUAGAUGUUCUUCAUGUUUACAGCUGUUACAGAAGCUGGAGGAUGUCCUGAGAGAACUUCAAGAACUGCUGCCACCAGAGAAAUACAAAAGUAAGUUUUUGGAUCUGACACAACAAGAUCAAUAUUACUCACUGUAGUCAAAAGGACUUUUUAUCAGGAUGUAAUGAUGUCUAAACCGUGUUGGUGCAGAUGCUGAGUGUUUGGUAAACUGGGAGAACCUGCGUAUGAAUCCAGCUGAGACACGAUCACUGUUGGAACUGCUGCGGUACCUCAAAGACCUGCACCAGAAGGCCAGGAAAACUGAUGACGUGAAAGCUGAUAACAAGAAAGCUGAUGACAGAAGAGGUGAUAACGGCUCUGUCUUUAACUCCUGACUACCUGACUCUGCUCCAUGACUCACCUGACACUCUGGGCUGGUCCAUGAAGGAGAUCUGAGACUCUUUUCAGGAGGACAAAUAAAACUUGAAUUUUAAAUAGUAAAUUUAUAAGUUUUUUUUCAACAUUUUGAAAGUUUAAAAAUGUUUUUAUUGUGUAAAUAGUUUAAAAAGUUUAAUAGUAAAGUAUUUAUGUUUUUCUCCAUCAGAGAAGAAGACUCCUCCCUCUUCAUCUUACCGCUCUCUGCGCCCGUAUGAAGUCAAGGUGUUUUCCAAAGCAGCCGGGCGCACCUGUGGGGCUGAUGGUGUCAUACUGGAACAGGUGAAUGGAUGGGCUCAGUUCUUUAAGGUCGAGAUCGUCGCAGACUUCCAUGACUGUGACAUCAUCAUCCUAUUCUGUCCAAUCGUAUCUCGUGUCGGGACUGAUGUGGAUGCCGCCAUGAGAACAAUCCCAGGUAACUGUUACCCAACCCCUACAUCAGGGGGCGGGGCUUAACCAGCGUUUGUCCUGUGUAGAAGAACCCACUGAUCCGUCCUGUGUCUCAUGUCUCUGUCCUCAGGGGACAAACCUGUCAUCUUAGUCCUGAUGCAUCACACCAGAGACGCCGACUACUCUGUGGACAAAUAUAAAAACUGGAGCAAAGAAAAGAAGAGCGUAGUUCUGGCUGUUCAUGUCCUCCACCAUGAGACGAAGGGUUUACUGAAGUGUGCGAGGAACGAUGACGCUGUCAAGCAAAUACGGAAAGAGUUAAAGAAUAAAAGUCAUUAUAGAUUAUUUUAAAGAGGACUGAAAAGAGGAGGAGUCAGACUGACGGUGAAAACAGGGCUGGAUGAGUGAAAAAAGACCAGUUAACUAUUAAAACCAGUAUUUGUUUAACACAUAAUGCAACAGUUUAAUGAAGGAUGAGUUUGUUUGUGAAACUGUAAAAAAAUAACAUCACCAUCACUGAACAGAAUAAACUCCUAAAACCUCA